AUGUCAGACAACAAUGCCAGUUUGGAGAAGACCAAUCUCUUCAAGCCAAUCACGUUAGGAGCCCUUGAGCUCCAAAAUCGUGUGGUUUAUGCCCCCACCACCAGAUUAAGAAAUACCAAAGAUAAUAUUGCCACUGAUAUUAUGAUAGACUAUUAUGAUAAAAGAUCUCAAACCCCGGGAUCAUAUAUUAUUUUUGAGUCUGCAUUGAUUGGACCUGAAGGUGGCUUAGUACCUUAUAAGCCUGGAGUCUUUACUGAUCGUCAAUGUGAAGCUCUCAAAAAGGUUACUGAUGUGAUACAUCAGAAUGGAUGUUAUGUUGGUGUCCAGGUGUUUGCUCCUGGUAGAACAGGUAGCAUUCCUUUACACAAGGAGCUAGGACUUCCCUUGGUUGCGCCCACUAAAGGGUUAUUCCAUAACAAACAGACUGAAACAGCCUUUAAUGAAAGUGCUGGUGGUAGUAUUGAAUUUGUGGAGUUGACCGAGGCUCAAAUCAUCCAGUUACAAGAUAAGUUUGUGGAGGCCUGUUCUAAUGCCAUUACUAAAGCCGGCUUUGAUAUUGUUGAGUUGCAUGCUAGUUCAGGCUUCUUGAUAGAACAGUUUCUUUCACCCUUGACUAACCAUAGGACUGAUAAAUAUGGUGGAAGUGUGGAGAAUAGAUGUAGGUUUCUCUUUGAGUUGAUCGAUAAGUUGAUCUACCAUAAGGAUGUUGGUCCCAAACGGUUAUCUGUUAGAAUUUCUCCGUGGUCUUAUCAUAACAUGACAUACCCUGAGGAUAUGAACCCCUUGGAUCAUCCUGCUGUGGAAUACGGUAAAGAGAUAGCACUUCAUAUGGAAUACUUGAAGUAUUCUGGUUUAGAAUUGGCCUAUUUGUCGGUGAUUGAACCCAGAGUGUCUGGAAACAGUGAUAGGACAUUAAACGUUGGAGAGUCAAAUGUUCCAAUAAUUAAACUUUGGUCUGGGAAACUCAUUAGAAGUGGAGGUUACAUUACAAAUUAUAGAAAUAAAGUAGACACCGUGUUAGCUGGAGAUGGUGAAUAUGCCGCGUUAAAGAACGAUGUUAAUGCUGAUGAUAGAACAUUAAUUGGUAUCCUGAGAGCAGUAACUUCUAAUCCUGAUUUUAUUGAAAGAUUAAAGUCUGGAAAAGUAUUGGAUAAUUAUCAAAGAAAGUAUUUCUAUACUCAUCAAGUUGAAGGUUAUUUGACUUUUGAUAAUUAUAAAAAGGAUGGCUCUGUUAAUACCAUUGAUUUAUCCGAAGAUAUUCUUAAUUCCACCGGGGUUCCUUUAGCAUAA